CAUUCCCAUGGAUACAAAGGGAUACUUCAUUUUGCAUGUAUAUACUUAAUCAAAAAGUCAGAUAUCGCUAUAAAAGACAUUGGCUGGCUGGUUGGGUUGCUGAAACUAAUUUUGCACUGCUACGAUUCACUAUGAAACGCUCUCUACUUUUCCUACUCGGAGUCUGUCUCUACAGUGCACUCGCAUAUAACUUCAACUAUCCAAGCGACCCUGAAAUUACUGUGACUUGUGAUGAUGGAGAGAUUCAUAAUUAUGUCCGGAUUGGCGAGAAAUACUAUUUCCAUGGUGGAUCAAAGGUGACCUGGUUCCAAGCCGCCCACAUAUGUCGAAGAUUUGGCGGAGAUCUGGCCUUGAUCGAAUCGGCGGAAGAGAUGCAAAUUCUUUCAGAUUAUCUGGCCGACGCCGACAGGCACGCUUGGUACUGGAUAUCGGGCAACGAUCUUGUCUCAGUUCACAAGUUCAUGUCAAUAACCAACGGACAGCCACUGAAAUUCUUCUCUUGGUCUGGUGGGCAGCCAGAUUUUCCAGGUGUUGAGCAGUGUAUGCAUUUGUGGUUCCGGGAUUCAGCUUUCCGCAUGAAUAACUGGAAGUGCCUGGAGAAGGCAGAUUUUCUGUGCCAGAGACAGAACAUGACUCGUUGCAGCGAUAAUUGCUAGGCUGAUCUUAUAUAUCCUAUUAAUGAAGCUUAUGAAGUUGAAAAAUAAAAGCCUGCUGAAGCUAAUUCUUUAA